CAGCGAGGCCUUCAAGGAGGCCUGCAUGGCGGCCCACGCCAAGGCGAUCCACCAGUAAUGGGUUACUUCGAGUAUCGUACGCAUGAGCUGCAUGGCCGCACUAGUUGUCAAGCUGGUCGAGUGCAUCAAUGGGCGCCUUGCUGUCGCGCCUGACCACGGUGGCCCUCAAAGUGCGGUCAGCCACGUGAUCACAUGGUUCAGACUUCCCCGUGGGGUGGGGCAGCACUUUGUCUUGGUUCUGAUCUUCGCCACGGAUUGCUGAGGGUGAAGGACACGUAACGACUCAUUGCUGACCUUCGCACUCACCUUCGCAACCUCUCCUGACCACUCUGAGAGCACCAUGUUCGUGCCCCAUCGCCUGAGCUUACGAUCGGUACCCAUCAGGGUUAGCGGGUCAGCAAGGGCAAAUGCUCGCCUCCAUAAAUCAAUUCACGCCCGACAUCUGCAGCUCUCAGCCGUCGAGGGACCUCUAGAGCCUCCUCUCGACUACCGCACCCUCCCCAUAUACUUCCAGCAAGAGAUACUCGCGAAACACAGCACGCGGCCCGCUCUGGUAUGCAGGCAGGAGCGCCCGCGCGCGCAUGCGGGUCCGCCCUCGCCCAACCUGGGCGUCUCAGCGCAUCUUGCCUGGGACUUCGAGGAGUUCGAUCGUCACAUCAAGGCGCUCGCUAGAGGACUGCUGGAGCUGGGCGUGAAGCCCGGCGAACGUGUUGCGGUCAUCAUGGGGAAUAAUAGCGCGUACGCGAUGCUUCAGUGGGCUUGUGCGAGUAUUGGGGCGAUCCUGGUGACUAUAAACCCUGCGUAUAGGAUAAAUGAACUCAUACAAACCCUCAGCGCCGUCGGCGUCAAGCACCUCAUCUGCGUGCCACGUAUCCGGUCCUCAGCCUACCUCGCCUUGCUCGCCGACGCCGCCCCCGGCAUACGCAACUCGCCGCCCGGCGAAAUAAGCGACCCGAAGCUCCCGGAGCUGCGUAAUAUCUUCGUGAUGGACAAUGGGAACGAGUAUAGGACGGAGGUAGAGAAGUUGGAAAUCCGGAGUCUGGUGGACUGGAGGGAGAUAUUGUUGUGGAGGGAGGAUACGAGGGAGGAGAAGGCGAGGCGUGUUUUGGAGGGGUCGAUGGGGAAGGACGACGUGAUUAAUCUGCAGUUUACGAGUGGCACGACGGGUUUGCCCAAAGCUGUCUCGUUAACUCACCAUAACCUCCUCAACAACGGAGUAUCCGUCGGCCAAUGCAUGCGCCUGACCGACAAAGACAUCCUAUGCAACGUACCACCAUUAUUCCACUGCUUUGGCCUCGUCCUCGGCAACCUAGCAGCCUGGACGCACGGCGCCAGCAUAGUUUACCCAUCGCCCGUAUUCGACCCACCGGCGAUCGUCGACGCAGUCAUAGAAGAAAGCUGCACUGCUCUCCACGGCGUGCCUACGCAUUUCCUCGGCGUGCUCUCCGAGGUGGACAAGCGCAGGCAUGCCGGCGAGAGGGUCGAUCUCAGCUAUCUGAGAACAGGCAUCGCCGCGGGCUCUUCUAUCCCCAUCGACCUCAUGAAGCGCCUCAUCGAGCACAUGAACCUGCGCGAGCUGACGAAUGCGUAUGGGAUGACGGAGACAAGCCCUGUCUCAUUCCAGACGGUGCCGGAAGACCCUAUCAUCAAGCGGGUAGAGACAGUCGGGCGCGUUCAGCCGCACGUAAAGGCGAAGAUUGUCGACGGGGAUGGCAAUGUGGUGCCGGUGGGCUCUGCAGGCCAACUGCUCGUCGCAGGGUAUCUACUGCAGAAAGGGUACUGGAACGACGACGCGCAGACCCAAGCUGUGAUGAAGGAAGACGACAACGGCACGCUCUGGAUGCACACGGGCGACGAGGGCAUUAUGGAUGAGGAUGGGUAUUUGCGAAUCGUCGGCCGCAUAAAAGACAUUAUUAUCCGAGGCGGCGAGAACCUCUUCCCAGUCCAGAUUGAAAACGCACUCACGGACCACCCGGGCAUCCGCGAGGCUGCUGCCAUCGCUGUGCCCGACAUGAAGUAUGGCGAGGUCGUUGGCACGUGGAUCGCCCGCGAGCCCGGGACGGACGUAUCGCGCGCGGAGGUCAGGCGAGCAGUCGCGGACGCGAUGAACCCGCAGAACGCGCCGGCGUGGGUGUGGUUCUUGGGUGAGGAGGGUGUCAUGGAUGAGCUCCCCAAGACCGCGAGCGGCAAGGUACAAAAGCAUGUAUUGAGGAGCUGGAGCAAGCCCUUGGUGGAAAAGAAAGUAGGGCAGGUAUAGCGGUGGUCUACCAACACUACUUGCGCCCUCAGUCCGAAGAGUCGUGUCGCCGCUCAUCUUUGCAAGUUUUGUCCCCCCAUUUAUCGCCAUCGGUAGAACAGAAGAUUCCCGGCCCCGACCGAAGCUGUCUCAUGAUCCCAGCAGUUCGAAUGCCACUACGCAGUUCUUCUGUGACUCUGCUAGUGGGAGCACCAGAUGUAUCGAGCGUUACGCUUUCCCGCAUCCCAACGGGCUUCGGCUGCCAAACCGCCCGAGAGCUGAAACGGUUUAUGAAGUGCGGCGGCCUCUUGACCCUGUCGUGCUGUAUACGCAACUCCCGAAGCGGGACGCCUGCUCGGGCGCGGCUCACAACGACGUCCCACACAGCGUCAGCGGUAAAGUCCUCGUACGCGAUGGACAAGUGCA